UUACCUUUUAUGUUUUUGGUUUCUUGAAAAUCCGAUUUUGGAAGUAUUGUGAAGUGGAAGCGCUUUGAAGGGCUACAUCAGAAUAGAAGUGCUUUUACAAGUGGAGUGUCGAUAGAUAGAGACAGGGUUUUGUUUUGUUACUCUCUUAUCUUGAUUCUUGCGUCUUCGUCUCUUCGUUGCUUGAGGGGCUUUAAAUAAUGUUAGAAAACAGCGAGCGACAAAGGUCAUCUGUACAACUAAAGCUUUCACGACAUUUUCUUUUGGUCGCGUCUGCUUUUUUAAUUGCUUCUUGUUCUCUUCCAAUGGCUGCUGCUCUUCUCUUUUCAAUGGCUCCAAACAAUCUGAUAUCGCGAUAGCUACUAGCCCAAAAAAAUUGGACUCAGCCCAUUUGGAAAAGCAAGGAGCUUGAUUGCCCAAAGGGCCCAAAAUCCUACGACCCUUCUCUCGGCAGUAGUUGGCGGCUUGUCUAUGACUUAUAACCUCCACAUUUCUUUGUUGUCACUCUCUUUUCUCGCUUCGUCUGCCAUGGCUACCACUCUCUCAAGCUCUCGGCUACUUUUACAGACUCGGCGAGAGUUUCCUUCGAACGACCUCCCUUGUACCCGUUGUCUAAGAAAUGGGAAGGCAAAGUUUAAAUUCGAUAGAGCAGAAUUGUGGGGCAAGGGACUGAAGAAAGUUGGGGAAAAGUCGAGAAAAUUCAUUCUAUUCAACUACGGAAAUGGCGCUGUGGACGUAGAGGAAGAGGAAGAGGAUUAUAACUCCAUAGAGGAUAAGCAGUUUGUGCGGUGGUUUAGGGAGGCUUGGCCUUACUUAUGGGCACAUAGAGGAGGCACUUUCGUUGUGAUGAUUUCUGGGGAAAUUGUAUCUAGCUCUAACUUAGAUCUUAUUCUAAAGGAUAUUGCGUUUCUACAUCACCUUGGAAUCAGGUUCAUUCUUGUUCCAGGAACCCACGUUUUAAUUGACAAACUUUUGGCAGAGAGAGGAAGCAAGCCGAAUUUUGUCGGUCAAUAUAGGGUGACUGACAACCAAUCUCUAGCAGCUGCAAUGGAAGCAGCUGGAGGGAUCCGUGUGAUGAUAGAGGCAAAGCUUUCUCCCGGACCUUCUAUCUGCAAUAUUCGUAGACAUGGUGACAGUAGACGAUGGCAUGAAGUUGGUGUAAGCGUUGUUAGUGGCAACUUUCUUGCUGCUAAGAGAAGGGGAGUUGUUGAUGGUGUUGAUUAUGGAGCAACGGGUGAAGUUAAGAAAGUAGACGUAGCUCGUAUGCGCGAGAGGCUUGAUGGUGGUUGUAUAGUUAUAUUGAGCAACCUUGGUUAUUCUAGUUCUGGAGAAGUUCUGAAUUGCAAUACAUAUGAGGUUGCAACAGCAUGCGCCUUGGCUAUUGGAGCUGACAAGCUCAUAUGCAUUAUUGAUGGUCCUAUUCUUGAUGAAACUGGACGCCAUAUCAGUUUUCUCACUCUUCAAGAAGCAGACAAGUUGAUUCGUGAAAGGGCUAAGCAGUGUGAGAUAGCUGCAAAUUAUGUGAAAGUUGUUGGCAAGGAAGGUUUCACUCAUUCAAAUCAUUAUAUAAAUGACGAUUCAAACGGGGGUAUCCAUCAUACUCCAACGUUCCCGAACGGAGUAGGUUUUGGCUCCCAUCACGUCCCAGUAUUCCAAAAUGGAGUUGGUUUUGGUCAUGGGAGCGGGCUUUGGUCCUCCGAACAGGGUUUUCCCAUUGGAGGUGAGCGGAAUAGCCAUUUGAAUGGUUACCUCUCAGAAUUGGCUGCUGCAGCUUUCGUUUGCCGGGGUGGUGUUCAAAGAGUGCAUUUGCUAGAUGGCACUAUUGGAGGAGUUUUAUUGCUGGAAUUGUUUAAAAGAGAUGGAAUGGGCACUAUGGUAGCCAGUGAUCUUUACGAGGGAACACGAAUGGCCAGCGUGUCUGAUCUUCGUGGAAUUAGACAAAUUAUACAACCUUUAGAAAUGGCUGGUACCUUGGUUCCGAGAACUGAUGAAGAGCUACUUGAAUCAUUAGACUCGUUUGUGGUCGUUGAGAGAGAAGGUCAAAUCAUUGCAUGUGCUGCUCUUUUCCCUUUCUUUGAAGAGAGAUGUGGAGAGAUUGCUGCCAUUGCAGUUUCUGCAGAGUGCCGAGGACAAGGGCAAGGCGACAAAUUGCUUGAUUACAUGGAAAAGAAGGCCGCCUCCCUAGGACUGGAUAGGCUUUUUCUGCUGACAACACGAACUGCAGACUGGUUUGUGAGGCGUGGUUUCUCAGAAUGUUCAUUUGAAUCAAUACCUGAAAAGAGGAGAAGAAGGAUAAAUCUAUCCCGGAAAUCCAAGUACUACAUGAAGAAGCUAUUGCCAGAUAGGAACCGGAUUGGUAGUGUCGAUAGGGCAUUGGGUUGAGGCUUGAUUGAGCAUUGAAAUAUGUCCUGAUCAUAAGAACGCAAAACUUCCUCUUGGCUACCCGGUUCUUGUUUUAUACUGUAUCCAUGUCGGUCAUCAUGUCGUUCAACCUUGUGGGUCCUCGUUCAUAUUCGUUCGAGAAGAUCUGUAUCUGUUCUGCUAAAAUGAAGUCGAUUACAAGUCACACUAUAAUUUUGAUCGUCUGCUUCAUAUCAAUACAGUGCUAUGCAGUGUAUAUUCAUGAGA